AUGAAUCGACACAAUGUACUCAUCUCGCUGAAGCCUAGUAACACUGCGGCAAGCGAAAUUGUCAAUCUAGACUCGAAUCGAGACUUUGUUCAUGAGGGGGAACAAGUCUUGGACCUCGGCCAGUACAGUUCUAGAGCCGCGGGUAACGAGGCUCGUUACAUUGCAACGAUAGGUCGCGACGGGGACAUUGUCCUUCCGCCGAAGUGGCCUGUUUCUAGAGUUCAGUGCGCCUUUUUGGUAGGGGAGACCGGGAGCUGCAUCAUAUUCGUCGACAACUCGAGCAAUGCCUCGUGCCAAGCAUACGGUAGCAAGGGCAAAACCCAAGAGCUUUUAUCGAACAGCCCCCGGCAGGUUGACAGCAGCUCUGGUUUUUGCAAAAUUGCAAUUCGCAUUGAUCACGACAACGAAAUGAAAACAGCCGAGUUCGACGUUCUUUGGCAUCACCCAACAUCAAAGCUUACUUCAGCUCUGCAGGCAUGGCGCAGGGUUGCACUGCCGAGACAACCCAGACUGGCUGACACCCAAUUGUGGCCUGCCAGGGAGGAUAGUACGAAAACCCAGCAUGUAGUCGUUGCCGCGACCGACUACCAGACCAGCGCGGGCGAUCUCGCCAGAUUUAAGUUGGAGAAGAAGCCGAUUGGGACUGGCGCCUUUGGAGCCGUGUACAAAGCAUGCGACCCAAAAAACCCGAACAUGGUCAUUGCGGUAAAGGUGCUGCGGCCCCUCAACCCAGGUGAAUGGAAAUUUCUCGAUCAGGAGCGGGAGAUACUGCGCCAGUUGCGCCAUCCCAACAUCGUUGAAUAUUUUGGAGACAAAGUUGACAGCCCGCGAACUGUAGCGCAUAUUUUCAUGAGCUUGCAGUGUGGCAGUUUGCAAGAUCUGAUAGGAACGCAGCCCAGGCCAGUGCAGCUGUCUAAUAGUGAUCUCGCAUGGUUGGCCUACCGUGAUAUUUUGAAAGGUCUUGACUAUCUCCACCAGAGAGGUUUCAUCCACCGAGACUUGAAGCCUGGGAAUGUUCUAUACAUUCUGAAAAAUGACCGCCCGUUCUUCUGUCUCGCCGAUUUUGGGCUCGCCAAGUCUGAGUGCUUUGCACAAAGCUUCUGCGGCAGCCCGCAGUUUAUGGCGCCGGAAGUAUUCCAACACCAGGAAUAUACAGUCGCUGUGGAUAUGUGGUCUCUCCUCAUGACGAUCCUUCGGACCCUUGACCUGGCCGGUUAUCGCGCUCGCAAGUUCAAUGAAUACUGGAGCCAUUUGGAAUGGGUCAUUUCGACUAUCUCGGACCAUUGGGACACUCUGGGAAGUAUCCAUGAGCUGGCCGUCAUUGACAGCCGCAAACGUGCGACAGCAGCACAGAUGCUGGUCAAAAACUUCCAGGGCGAUGGGCUAACAACAGACAAGCAGAAGGUUCCGGAGUUGCUUCCAGUGAACGCUCCAGACAUUAGAGACCUUCCAAAUGCUAUCUUUCGAUAUAGGCGGACAAAAUUUCCUGCAGGAAUCAACCGUGCUCCUCUGCAACCAGGCGCAUUCAAAUGGCCCGCAAAGAGGCAAAACCUGUUUGAAAGAAAGCCUGUGCAACGGCCUCAGAUGCCAGCAAAGCCAGAAUUUUGCACAAAUAUGCCGCAGAGAAGAGAUUUGUUCACUAUCGAUAUCCUGGGGCGAGGCGGCGAGAGAAAGGUCGUUCCGGAAGAAAACGCGGCCCGAAGGCAUCCCGCCGCACGAGUCGCCCAAGGGGUCGCGGCUGCCAAGCCGUCAAUUGCGCCAAAAGAGAGCUUGCCCGGCCAGAAGCCUUCUGUGACCCAAGGCGUUCAAAAGCGCAAGGCGCCGAGAGCAGCCGCCCGUGCCCAGCCAGAGACUGAUCCCUGGUUCGAAACGAUGUACAGGAUGCCCGGUGCUUUCCCAGCAUAA